AUGGCUUGCGCUGCAGUUCAUUCGCAGUUUCUCUUUGGAUUACUCAUUAUUCACGCAGUAAUUGUCACUUCGUUAAUUUCUACCGGAUUAUAUGACAUUUCCUUGAAGGAUAAGGAUGCAUUCAACUAUGGAUCGAAUGUUGGAGGCAUUGAUUUGGAAGGUUUCAAGGUAUUAACAGCUACCGUCACUCACGGAUUCGCAGCAGUGUGUAUUUUGAUCUGCUUUCUUGCUGCGAACAUUGUUCGUUGUGCAAAAGUGCUUCCUACAUCAGUUACCAUAAUCAUUCUACUCUUCACUUUCAUCUUCAACUCAGCUGGAUGUGCCUGUCUGUGGCUACAUAGAUUACCGAAUUUCCCAGAUGGAUACGCACGUUCUAUUCUUGCUAAUGCCUUAGCUUCUUUCGACGUCUGUAUACUUUUAUUCAGGACAACUAACUCAGCAGAAAGCAAGGAGAGUAAGGAGAAGGCAAACAUACCACAGCCCGCUCGAAGCAAACCGGCAGAUCCUACACAGUCUGGGAAGGACAAGAAGUCCGUCCAGAAGUCCGUCAAGAGCGAAGUAAUUGCACCGAAAAAAUCACCGAUGGAUGAAAACUUGUAUAGCAUGGACAUAAAGAACGUGAAAACGCAAAGGACUAUGGAUAUGGCAGACAAGGACUACUUCUCUACCACAUGA